AUGCUGACUGUGGGCGGCCGGCGGCUCUUGCUGCCUGCGGGGCCCCUCGCGAGAGGUCCUCCCCUCAUCUCGAAUCCCAAAGAGGUACAGACAUACGAGAAGGCUCUCAGCAGCGCGGCCAGCGAACUGAAGCGGCUUUGGGAGAGAGUGUCGCCGGAAGUCAGACAGUCUUUCUACACUCACUACACCCCAAGGGUCUAUGGCUCCUCUUCCCUCACGUCGCCUCUGGAGUUGUUUGAGCGCCAGGUGUCGCGGGUCUUUGAGAGAAUGCGCCCACCGCUGGGGGCAUCCUCUCAACAGUACGGGGUGUACGUACAGCAACUGCAGAUAGCGCGGGUGAUUUUAAAGGCAGCGUGGACGCGACUUUCUCAGUUGCAGGCCCUGGAGGAGUUUGUCGUCUCCAGAAAAGGCGGCGAAGAAGACCGCUACUCUUUCCAGACCCCCGUGUUGCCUGGGGGAGGCAUGGGCUCCGCAGGCGAAGAAUUGUUGAGCUUUCGCGACUUUCUCGAUCUCCUGGGUUCUAGGAAAGGUGCUGUUCCUGCUUACCCAGACGCCACUGCAAGGCGACCAACAGUCCCCUUGGCUCUUGCUCAGGGCCUGGCGAGGGCGCUGCAGAUGCUGGAGUUUCAGGCGGAGAUGGACGCGAAGGUCCACAGGGCGUUCCACGAGCUGUUGCUGGUGACGGGCACGCCGCUGCCGUGCGGGCCCCUGCAACCUUUGGAAGAGUUUGCGAAGGAGGGGCCUCUCUAUGUUGAGCCCCGGCGCCCCUUCUUCCCUGCCUCAUUCUUUUCUUAUCUCCUCGCGGCAUUUAGCAGAGAGUCCAGCACCCAACUUAUCUCAGACGACGCCUUGUCUACCUGGGCGUACCAGUGGACCUAUGAAGGCGCCGCCCAGCGGCUCGCGGAACUCGGGGAACGCAUGAACAGCAACUUCGCUGCUGUUGCUGCAGUUAAGGUUUCGCUGGUCAGCCGCUGGGCCGUCCAGCAGCCCCACGACCCCGCAGCCACCACGGACUUAACCUGUCUCGCGUUCUCGCUCCUCUAG